UACGCUACACACAACGAACCAUCAACUGUCAUAUGAAUACAUAUUCACGCUCGCAUCAUAUUCAACAUCACCCUAAAAUGUUUUGAUUCCGUAAUUGUUGUGAUACGAUCGAAAGCAAGAAAGACGGCUCACCAUCGGGUUAGGAUUAAGGGCAGUCCUGGGCAUUACACGGCCCACGGGCCAAAUCCGGCCCGAUUUAUGCCCCUUAAAAAUGAAAGCAAACAAUUAUUCAUUCUGUGCAUGUAAUACAAGUGUGUUGCUUUUAUUUUGGAACACCGGAUGUGUCCACAUGUGCUGACUGGGGACGGCAAAAGGCGAGCACAUGCCGGCCGGCUAUCCCCCCCAAAAAUGUCAGUCCACGUUAAGAAAAAGAACACUGGAUACUGAAUGCCACGUUUGAACUGCUAAAUAUUUUUUUACUUAAGUUCAAGGUGAAGCUGUGUGCUUAGUUCGUGGCGCACAGGAAUCGCCACGAAGAAAAGUGCAAGAAUUUGACUGAUGGAGCGCACACAUAGGCGCUGCAAACCAGGCAAGGAUGACUUUUAUAAAGACAAGCAGCUGUCAAGACAAGACAUAGGUACUGGAUGUAACUCAAAUGUUCAAUACCUGCAUAUCAAAAUGGACAAUAUAAUUAGAGGAGUGAUACACAAAUAAAAUUAGCUCCAGUUUGUAAGAAUUGGAUAGGGAUUAAGAAUUUUAGGCCGCUUUUUAUGUCACAAAUCGGCCCAAAUGUCCUUGGGCACUGAAAUCACUGUAAAUCGUUAGGAAAUUUGUGACCGAAACGUUGACUCUUUGGUAAAUAACGCCCGUACGUUAGUCUUAUCAGUUGUGACGAAAAUGUGAUUUUUAAACUUUCGAGAGUUUUUUUUCGUUGUUGUUGUUGUCCAUUGGAAGAAGGUGAAAGAGGACAUCCUUGUCUCACUUGUCUAACUUGUCCUAUGCAGGGCUCUAGAGAUACAGCAAGCACAAACACGCUCGUGUACAGAGAUUGGUGCAGAUCGCUGUGCCAAAUUGACAAACAAGCCGAUGAGCCUUGCACUUGAGCGAAAAUCAAGAUAAGCCACCAUUUGCACUUGAGCGCACGUUGCACAGUCUAUGAAAAUAGAGCCCUCCGACUGUAACUUUUUCACGCUGGUACACUUCAGUCGUGUUCGGCCACGUCGCUCGGUGUGCGGCGGUCCUUAGUGGAUGCGAUGAGGGGGAGGUGUUAGCGGUUCGAUUUAUGGUCUGUACAUCCCACUUACGGUACGUGUUAUUGCACCUCCCUCUCAGCAAAUCUGACUCAACCAAAGUAUAUGAUGUCUUGAUGAAUGCUUAAAACUGAAAACAGUUUCAACAGAAUAUCUCAUGAUUGGUCCUCAGUCUCCAUCAACAGCAAGAAUAAGAGAUGUUGAUUGUCUCGCUGAAUGGCUGCGAGUGCAAAAAUGACUGUACAGGCCAAAUCUCGGCCUGAAAAGUCUGUUGCCGUUCGGACACCGGAUAGCUGAAGGAAAGCCAGGCUGAGCGUUUGCUCUGCUUUUCCUCUGCCGGCGUUUAUGCCCUGCAACCGGAGGCUCGUCGAUUCGUAUGCCCGCCCGAGCGCAUGUCGUUGUUGUGUCCCCAGGCAAGACACUUCACCCACAUUGCCUAUGAAUGAAUAUGGUUGGAUGUGUGGUGGUGAUGUGAGGGGCCGUAGGCGUAGAAUGGCAGCCACGCUUCCGUCGGCCAGCCCCAGGGGAAGGGGAGUUUGCAAUUUUCACCUUCCUGGCGAGUUCCUACACUGCCUGGGUUGUCGGGGAGAUAUUGAAUCUUCACAGUAGGACCUUAUGAUAAGCAUGUCUGCUAAAUUUCAUAUUGCUAAAUCAAAUGGGCUUUGGGGGUGAAUUAAUUAAGAAGAAAAAACUACAAGUUUGCGUUUGCUCAAAACGAGCCUAAAAUGUUUGCUUCAACAUAAAAUUUAGCAUUGCCCAUCUGUCUCGUAUACCGUACAUGCUUAAAAUUCGGUCGCAAUCAGAUAAAAUCUCUAAGACAGUUUUGUCUAUAAAAGACUCUGAGCUAGUACAACAACAACAAAAAAGGCCCAAUAAUGGCCUACUCAAACCAAAAUGGCAGACCUGCUGUAUGCUUUCAGGAAUGGUUUGGACUUUUGUGGGUUCAUUCCUAACAAUUUUCAUAUUGGUAAGUGAAACUUCUUUAGGGGGCUGAAUUAAAAAGCAAUAAUCAAAAAAGGCAGUUGUUAGGCACUGUAACAGUCAAUUUGUCUUUGGUAUAAAACAUUGACGUCAUCCUGCUUUCAACAUUGUCCAGUUGAUGAAGAACAACAAGCUUGUCUUGCUGUCUGUCUGUCUGUCUGUCUGUCUGUCUUUCCGCGGGGGGAAACACAAGCAUUGCCUCACGUUGUUGUGCUAUUUUCACACCUCUAAUUGCAAGCCUUUGUCAUCAUUACACACUAAUGGUCCAAUGUGUGAACCAGCGGCAAAAACAUGGUGGACCGAUGCGCUUGGGGAAGCGUGUCCUCCAGGAACACACAAGGCACACUUGAAAUGAUACUUUAUAGAAAGGAAUUCCAAUAUGUUAGAUAUUGAAUUUGGAACAAAUCAAAUGUGUAACUUGAGUUUCUGACCCUGAGGUAUUUUUUAUGCGUACCACGGAUCUCACUACUAAGUUGCUUCUUGAAAUUUCCAUUUCGAAAACAGAAUCUGAAUAAUGUUUUUUUUUUUUUUUUUAACUUACAGGGCCUUGCUUUAUUAUUAACCCUUCCCAAAUUCCAUUUCUGCAGGAGAAGGCCAUUUUCUGUUUUCAGAGCACAAAACAAGAGCCAUAAAAAAACCCACACGUUUUAGAUUUACAUGCAGUUUUUGACAAAUCCAAGAAUUUACCUCCACGUUAUGACAAAACCCGUCAAAUUCCUAACUUGGCAUCACCCAUCUGUAUACCUGCUUCAAAUUUGGUAAUGAUCAAACACUUAAACAAGAGUUCAAACCAAAACAGCAGAUUUAUUGUAUGUUUUACAACAUGGGCUCUUGAGACUUUUUUUGUGGAUCGACUCAUGAUAGACAUGCCGAACAAAUUUCAUGUUGCUUAAGGAAUCUGGUGCAGGCGUUACAUUUUCAAACAAUUCAAGGGUUGAUACUGAGCAUUUGUGACAAGUCAUCAAACCACCGUGCCUGACCUACACGCUACGACAAAAACACAAAUUAGUUUGGUUGAACCUCUAACCUCCAAACCUAAUCCAGCUUCCUUCUGGUGCAUGAUAAUGACUGUCCUCGUGUGGCUGGAGACUAACUUUAAACUUAACUUUCAGGGAUCAUUUCUACAGUUAUUGACUUGAGAAAUUUGUUUUAUAUAUUUAUAGAAUUUUGCUUAAUUCAUCCUCUCGCUACACUCAUAACUCACAAUUCCUGUCUGAAAUCAUCUUUUUCCAUUGAAUGGAAAUGCUGGUAAGCCCCCCCCCCCCCUCCUCUCCCCCAAUAAAAACAACAAGGAUGUGACUUUUAAUUUAAUAAAAUAAUUAAAAUCGCACUCUGUAUUGUACUUUAAAGAAUUAAACUGUUGUUGUUUUUUUUUUUUUUUUGCUAAAUGUUUUGCUUCAGUUCAGUGGACAUUGUGCUGCUCCUUUUGGUGUGUGUGCAUUGACCACCUGAAGGCCGUGUUAUACAGACACACACGAAGAAGAGCUUCACAACUGACUCAGAAAGCUGCGGCAACAUUAGUCAUUUUUCGCAAAGGAUAAAGAAUAUAUGCCUGUGACUAUUGUUAUAUUGUCUGUCUACAUGUGUUGCGCAACCAUUCGUGUUCAAAUAUCCAUUGUUAAAGGGAUCUAAAUCUCCGACUAAUGAUGCAAACAAUUAGCAUGCCAAAGGCAUUUUUCAUUGUUUAAGUUAAGAUGACUUUCUUAAGGCAUAGCUAUGUGGUUGUUUUAAAUACAGUGUGUAAUUGUCUUUGUUUUCUGUUUAAUUUGACAAUUAACGUGAACUGGGAGUGGCAUUAAACACCUUGAAGCCACUUUUUUGAAGAACUGUUCACGAACCAUUUGCCAAACCGCUGCUCGUCGCGCACGUAUCUCAAAUUUUUACUCUCAAGUCAAAGCAAAAAACAAACAAACAAAAACAAUCUGCCAACAUUACAACAUGACCAAGAGAUUUUCUUUUGUUUUUUUGUUUUACUUUUCUUGUAUAAAAACAUCAAACAUGUUUUAAAGGAUUCAAAAAAAAUAAAAAAUCUGCACCUGCGUCAACUCUACCGUUUGGUGUCGAACCCUAAUUUCUGGACCAAACCGCUAACCCUAAUCUGGCCUCCUUCUGGUAUAUGACAAUGACCGUCUUCACAUGGCUGCUAACUGUCAUUGUUGGGCUUACCAACACCGCAAAGAGGCCAAGACAAGGACCAAUCAGAGGAAGGCGAAAGAGGAAGUGCAACACUGACAAAGGGAGGGACGAAGUCACCGGCGCAGAUAAAGCGAGGACCUUGAAAAAAGAAAGCCGCCAGAGCUCCAUCUUCUCAUCUCUUCUUCCUCACCAUGGAGACCGAGGACCAAUCAGAGCUCUGCUUUCCACAGCUGGCCAACAUCUCCUGCGGGAAGCCUUCGUCUGGUUGGUCUGAAGGUGUUUUUUUGACCGUUCUGCUGUACUUCAGCUGCGUUCUCACUGUGCUGCUUAACCUGCUUGUCAUCACCUCAAUCUCCCACUUCAGGCGGCUCCACACUCCCACCAACUUCCUUCUCCUCUCCCUCGCCGUUUCCGAUUUACUGGUGGGCCUCCUGGUGUGGCCCGGUGAGAUUUACCUGAGAAAAUCCUGCUGGACUCACGGUGAUAUUCCAUGUUCUGUGUAUAAUUUCGUCUCCUUCACGGUGACGUCCACCUCGGUGGGAAACAUGGUGCUGAUAUCAGCUGACCGCUACGUGGCGAUUUGCAAUCCUCUGCAUUAUAACGUCAGAGUCACCGUGAGAAGAAUUCAACUUUGUGUUUGUCUCUGCUGGUUCUCGUCUCUUCUCUUGAGUAGCAUCUUGAUUAAGGAUGAUCUGGUGCAUCCCGGGAUGUAUACCUCAUGCUACGGGGAGUGUGUUAUUCACAUUGACUACACCGCAGCAGUUUUUGACCUGAUUAUGACUUUCAUCCUUCCUCUCAGCAUCAUCAUCACUCUGUACAUGAAGGUGUUUGUGGUUGCUGUCUCUCAGGCGAGAGCCAUGCGCUCUCGUGUUACAUGUGGCAAACGUCGACCGUCCUUCCCUAUGAGAGCAAAGAAAUCCGAGUUGAAAUCAGCCAGGACUCUUGGUGUCGUGGUCCUGGUUUUCCUGAUGUGCUUCUGUCCGUACUACUGCGUCACGCUAGCCGGUGACAGCUUGCCGAGUGCCUCGCACGUGCUCAAUCUGUACUACAUGAACUCCUGUUUGAAUCCCUUGAUAUAUGUGUGGUUGUACCCGUGGUUUAGAAGAGCUGUUAAACACAUUGUCACUCUGCACAUACUGCAGCCUGCUUCCUGGGGGAACAACACACUGUAGACCACCAAUGUGCUUUCUUUCUGUGGCCAUCGCUUUGAAAAAGGUGACUGUUAUUUAUAAUGUUGACAUGAUGAGGUUGUUUGUCGACGUCAAUCGUGUGUGUUUGGAUUUUUAACUCCGCGGUGUGUUUUUAAAACCGUACUUAUAGGCACAGCAUAUACUUCUACUAUGUCGUACCAUAACGGCACAAGGCGUAACGGUGACGUCGCAUAUGUCGUGUUGAAUGUGAGCCAUGCCACCCGAUAAAUGAAGAACGGUGUAACCAUGACAACCUCUUCCUACCCCCAGCACAACCAGUUGGUGGCAGAAUACACUUGACUCUAACUAGAAAAUAAUGCAUGGAAGCGUUUGGAUUUUGAUCUCUGCUGUGUGUUUUAUUACUGAACCUUUGUGGAGUGCAUUACUACACCCUGCACAUUUUGAUCACAAACAUACAUGAAGACCACAAGUCAUUUCAUCAUGACAUCGAGGAGAACCCUAACCUUGACUGUAACACACUAACCCUAAUCAUAAGAAUUUCCCUUCUGCCAAUCACUAAACGAUUAUGUUAACGCUUUGUAUCUUAUCAUGUUGCUAUCCUCCACAAAUGUAUUUAAUAAGCAUAACCUAUUAUUAUUGCAGUUAGAUGUCAGUUUGCGAUGACACAACUACUGUAUUCUUCGCUCUAAUCCAGAUUAUCAUCAGAUAGUUGAAAGAGUAAAUACAGAAUUUGAAAAACUUUGUCACUGCUUCCCGGCAAAUAAGAUUCCUCUUAAUAUCGCUGAAACCAAUUGUAGAAGUCUGAAAUUAAGACACACUUAAAAUUCUGGACAGUAGUUUAUUCCUUCUAUAUCUAAAUUACUUUUUGGAAAAUUGCGGUAACACAUCGAACAAAUUUACACGAAACAAAUACAAUUCAAAAGAAGGAAAAUCAGGAUCAUCUGUAACGUAGGUAAAUAUGAACACACAACCCCCUUCAUAUAAUAAUUUGAGACGUUUUAACUUUUUAGCUAUUGCAGAAUGAAAGCAUCUCUUUCAGUGCAUCAUAUUUUUCAAAAUGAAAAUGAAGUCAAUGCAGUAAUUGCAAGUAAGAAUUAUGCCAGCAAAUAUUAAAUGUUAUUCACUUGAAGUUAAUGUAAUAAUGCCUGUUCCAAUACUUUUGCUCACUUAAAAAGUGGGUGCCUUCAAACAAAAGGUGCUCUGUCAUGACUUCUUUAACACAUCUCGAUGUAAAUACCACGAAAUAAAAGAUGGAAUUCUGAACUUUUGUCUCGUAUUCAUCUUUUGAUCUGAAAUCCAAAUGCUGACAUCCAAUCUAUAAUAUAUAUCAUAAUCCAUCCAUCCAUUUUCUGAGCCGCUUCUCUUCGCUAGGGUCACGGGCUAUCCCAGCUAUUUUUGGGGAAGAGGCGGGGUACACCCUGAACUGGUUGUCAGCCAAUCGCAGGGCACAUACAAACAAACAACCAUUCGCACUCACAUUCACACCUACGGGCAAUUUAGUCAUCAAUUAACCUGCAUGCAUGUUUUUGGGAUGUGGGAGGAAACCGGAGUGCCCGGAGAAAACCCACGCAGGCACAGGGAGAACAUCCAAACUCCACACAGGUGGGGCCGGGAUUCGAACCCCAGACCCCAGAACUGUGAGGCAAAUGUACUAACCAGCC